AUGUACAUCACUCUCUAUUUCAUCGCCACACGCCUCGCUGACUCUCUUUGCGCUGUCAGAGACCACUUUCUUGCCCUUGACCCCACUGACCUCACUGUCGACCUACUCGAGGAGCGCCUUCUUGCGGCUGAGACUAGCAUAGUCGCUGUAGGUGCUGCUCGUGGCACUCCUCGCACGCCCUUCUUUGAGGGGUGCUCCCCCUCCCCCCUUGCCCCCUCUGUUGCUACUGCUGCUGCUGUCGACUUCCUUGGUGCUGAGGAGGUCGGGGCUGCUUCUGCUCCUAGUGGGAAGCGCCGCAGCGGCAAGGGCAAGGGAGGCAAGAGUGGUGGAGGUGGCGGCGGGGGGGGGGGGGGGGGGGGGGGGGGGGGUGGUGGAGGCGCUGGAGGCGCUGGAGGUGGCGGAUGUGGCGGUGGGAGUGGUGGCGGGAGUGGGGGCGUCGGUGGCGGCGGUGGCGGCAGCGGUGGGGGUGGUGGUGGUGCUCGUGGCAACAGUGGGAGUGGUGGCGGCGGUGGUGGCGGCGGUGGGAGUGGUGGUGGCAGCAGUGGUGGUGGUCGGGCUGGAGCAGUUCAGCGGCAGCAGCAGCAGGGUUCGCGUGAGACCCCUUUGCCCCAGCAGCUUCAUGAGUGGUUUGCUCAGCGCGGGGGGUCUGGGGGUAGUGUUCGCUGCCCGUACUUCAUUCGCACAGGUGACCACGCUGGUCAAACGUGCGUGAUUCACACCCAGCAUCGCUGCUUCUCCCGCCUAGACUAUGCUUGGCGCAUUGAGUUUGGCGAUGAGGCAGAGCUUCCUCGCUGGGCAGAGCUGCUUGAGUCUGGUGUUGAUAUCUUUGCUCUUGACUAUGAUGCUAUCCUUGCUGCCAUGUAUGCAUUGACUGUUAGUGCUGAGGGUGACUGUUACCUGUGUGUGCCGCCUGACCCAGGUAUAGAGGCUGCUGCUCUAGGUGCUAGUGAAUGA